AUGGCGGCCCCUCGACCCAUGUCGUACAACAACCCUGUGCCGGACAUUGACGACCCCUCGCACCUCAGCAGAGGCUAUGGCGGCACCCCCCAGCUCAAUCUCGGCAUGAAUGACUUUGCAAACACGCCCGCCAGUGCGCACCAUGAGCGCCUAGGCCGCUUUGAAGAAGACUUUGAUGCGCGCACCCGUGGCUCUUCGGUGCUCGACGGCGACCUUCCGCAGCGCUCUUCCUCGAGAGCCUCGACGUUGAACCAAGGAGCUACACCCUCGCGCAGUGGCACCCUCAAGAAGAAAGGCUCGGUGAAGAGGAGUGGGAGCCUCAAGCGGAGUGGGAGCAGGAAGAGCUUGCACGCUGGCAGCAUCCGCGGUGUGCCCCUUGACGACCAGGAGCAUGGCUACGAGCGAGAGGAGAGCAUCUUUUACACACCUGUGCCAACCAAAGGCUCCCCCACUGACAUCCUCGCCGAUCGAUUCCAAACAUGGCGCAAGUUCCUCAAAGACCUCAUCGCCUAUUUCCGAGAAGUCGCGUCAUCGUAUGAGCACCGCGCCAAAUCGCUGCUCAAAGUCUCCAACGUCAUCAACAAUACCAAUGCGCCUGCUGCGCUUCUGAUCGAGGGAGGCCUCAACGAUGCCAACCGCAUCCUCCGUGACUUCCACAAGCAGGCCAUUGUCGAAGCCAACAAGGCCCGCGACAUGGAAGCAGAUGUCAUCAACCAGCUCAGUGGACUGCGUGCAGAUCUUGCGCAGAAGAUCAAGGAGAUCAAGUCUCUUUCGGGCGACUUCAAGAACAAUGUGGAGAAGGAAAAGGAGACGACUCGGAAAUGUGUCGCAGCCCUCCAAGAGGCACUCGCACUGGUUGAUUCAGACCCAGCCGCGGUUGCUGGCAAGGGUGAUCCCUAUGUCGUGCGUCUGGGUGUGGAGCGCCAGGUGGAGAGGCAGAUUGAUGAGGAGAAUUAUCUCCAUAGGGCCUACCUCAACCUCGAGAAUUCCGGCCGCGAACUCGAAUCGAUUGUAGUCGGUGAGGUCCAAAAGGCAUACAAUGCGCUGGCUAGCAUCCUGAAGCGUGAUGCGGAUGAAAUGUACAACACUGUCGAGAAACUGCGCAGUGGCCCGAUUGCCAUGCCUCGCGAUUACGAAUGGACCAAGUUUGUCAAAAGCGAUCCUCACUUUGUGAACCCAGACAUACCAUUGCGCCGACUGGAAGACAUUGAAUACCCGGGCAAACACCACCCGGCUACUACUGAAGUGAGGGCUGGUAUGCUCGAGAGGAAGAGCAAGUAUCUCAAGAGCUACACGCCGGGAUGGUAUGUGUUGUCGCCGACUCACCUCCAUGAGUUCAAGUCUGCGGAUCGGAUCUACAGCCAACCCCCGGUCAUGUCGUUGUAUCUGUUGGACCAGAAGCUCGGCUCCAAGUCUCAGCCCGGAAGUUCCUCCCACAAGUUUGUGAUCAAAGGCCGUCAGACUGGAUCCAUGCAUCGUGGCCACACUUGGGUGUUUCGAGCGGAGACGUAUGAGACCAUGCUGGCUUGGUAUGACGAUAUCCAGACCCUGACCGAGAAGACGGGAGAGGAACGCAAUGCCUUUGUGCGCCGACAUGCCAGUGUCAGAAGUGCCAGUGCCGGUAGCGCCCGGUCCGCUAGCUCGGAUGGAGGCCUCGAGGAAGACGAAGCAGACGCCGUACCCUACUCGGCUGCCCCUUCGGUUCUCAGCCAGGCCAGGGACCAGUCCCCACAGCGACCCUCACGGCCAUCUCCAGGUGGGCGAUUCCCAUCUGACCUGAAUGUCAACCGUAACUUACAAGUUCCUCAUUCGCCAAGUAGUGGCAGCUCAGAGGUCGGAAAUGAUCUAACGACCGCCGCGGGAGGUCCACACCAGGAUGUACAUUCAAUGUAUUAUGCCCAGUCCCCAGCGUACCCACUCACCCAGUCCCCAGCAUAUCCACUCCCACAGCCCAGUCAUCAGGAGUACCCGGCCAUCUCCUACGUGAACUCUUACCCACCCAUGCAACAAGUUUCUGCCCAACCGGCGUACGAGCCUCAGCAAUCUUAUGAGGGAUUACGUGUCCAAUCAACACCGCAACAUCAAGAUUCAUCAUCCUUUUCCCAGCCAAGGCCUCACGUUCCCGUUCCCGUUGAGCGUAACGACAGCAACUACGGUGGCUGGAUGGCACCCGCUGCUGGUGGAGCGGUAGGGGGAGCUGCCGCCGCCGCCUUAGCCGGCGAAGCCUACCGCAAGCAGCAGAUGCAGCAGCGUGAAGUCGCCCAGCAGCACGAAAUGGACGCCCAAGCACCCACGAGUCCCACACGUGAUGCAGAGCACAUUGCCCCUGCCAUCCUCUCCACGCCCACCACACAACCUACCGUCAUGCCUGCGCCCGCCAUGACCGCUACCACCAUGACUCCCACUCCAAACCACCACAAUCGCACAACCACCCCUCCCCCAAGCAACAUGCCCAACACACCCGUCCAUGCAGACACCAUCAACGGCGGCCCUGUCCCCACAGACCUCGCACAGACUGCAGAUGCAAUGGCUUAUCCCCGUGUCGCUCGUCAAAACACUGAUGUUAGCGUCAGCGAUCUCCAUAUUCCUGGCGAGUAUCCAAAGGGGCGGUUUGGGGAGUCGCGGUCUGACAUGUAUCGGUAG